ACCAAAAUUUACUCAUGAAUUGUCAAAAUUGCCACUCUCAUUUCUCAGCUUGCAGCUGUUUUGCGUUCUUCAAGCUCCAAACCCUUGAAAUUUCAUAACCCAGAACAGACUAAGAAGCUGUGUUGAUAAAGUGGGCAAGAACUGCAUCUAUCUGUGCUUGUUGGGCUGCUUCCCAUUUCGACUAUCCCCCUUUUCCCAGUCGUGGGGUAUCGAGGUGUUGUGAAGAAGGCAUGGUGAUGAGUAUUCAGUUUAAUUCAUGACACCAAAAUGUUUCCUGGAUUUUUGGAGAAGGCACAAGAAGAAGAUUUUAAUCACAGCUAGUGUUAUUGGAAGUGGGUAUUUUCUCUACAAACAAUAUGAUUACUACAGUAGAAGGCUUCAGGUUAUUCAAAGAGAGCUAGAUAAUGAACGCGAAGCCGACGAACUCAUUAAAGCUCAAAUACAAGCUCAUUUUGAGCAUAUUCAGAGAAUAGCUGAUACCACAACACUGCCUCAUGCUAUACAACAUUUACAAACUCGGAUAGAGGAAGAUUUGGAUCUUUCACACCUGACCGAGCGGUUAAUGAUGGGGAAGGGUCAACCAAACACUUUGACAUUAGCAGAGAAACUCGAUUUAUGGGAAAACCUCAAAAUACUAAGCUUCACAAAGAUGGUGAUAUCACUCUGGGCAAUAACUGUUUUAAGCUUAUACAUUAGAGUUCAAGUCAACAUCUUAGGAAGACAUAUGUACGUUGAUACUGCCCGUGGUCUCGGUAGCUCCCAUUUACUCGAGGAGGCCGAACUCGUCGAUAGGAACGACGAGCAGAAAUUUCUGGCUUUCUCUGAUUUUCUCUCUAAUUAUGGUCUGAAUACCUUAAUUCCUAGAAUGCAGAUAGCAGUAGCAGAAGUUCUCAAGAGUAAACAGUUGCGCGAUGUCUUUGAUACAACUACGCUUCGCGAAACUACUAUACGUAUAAUAAAAAUUUUCAUGAGCACGGGACGUCCCCAUCAUUGGUUGGACUACUUGAUGCCUGAGGACAAGCAAUCUAGUAUUAGAGGCACGCUCUCCACGGAUGACGAUGCAACUGUCACAAAUAUCAAUAAGUUCGACCAACUUAUGAUGGAGACUCGAGCAGUUCUGCUAAGUGCCGAAUUUGGGAAUGUCGUCGAGAGGUCGUUAGAAGUAGGAGUCAAUGGGUUGAUGGAAGAAAUGGAGGGUUCAGUUGGUGGAGGCGGCAGCAGCAGCACAUCAGGGACACCACUGGCUAGGCUCGUGCCAAGAGUUUCCCAGAUGGGGCCAUUGCUCCUUGAAGAUCCAAGAAAAACCAGAUUCAUCCAAAUGAUCAGAGGUAUACCAGAAGUGGAAAUCUUCUUUACUCUCCUCUAUGCAAACACCGUGCCCGCCUCUUAGAAACAAACACCUCGCCAUGCCUUGCUUGCCUGCUGCACAUUCUUCCCACUUCAUUAGGUUCUUUACACAUCGUUGUAAAAGGUCUGGUUUCCUUCCCCCUUUGGCUUGUUUUGGCUUGGAUCCUUAAAAACAUUAAAACAUUCCGAAA